GGGGACUCCUCUGGAUGCUGGCCGUCUCAGCUGCGGGGGCUUCGGAAGUCGAAGUCGAGGGGCGCCUGAGAACGCGGCUCUUCGAGACUUACUCCGCCACGGUGCUGCCCAUCCACCAGAUCUCCCACAAGGUCCCCGUGAGGGUGGGAAUGUCCCUCUCGCAGCUGAUCAGCUUAAAUGAAAAGGACGAGGAGCUGACCACAAAGGUCUACAUGAACCAGGAGUGGAUCGACUAUCGGCUCACCUGGAACCCAGCCGAAUUUGAAGGCAUCACGGCCAUCCGAGUUGGUGCUGAUGAAGUGUGGCUCCCGGAUAUCGUUCUCAUGAACAACAACGACGGCGUCUUUGACAUUGCUCUCAGCGUGGAUGUCCUCGUGCACUAUACCGGGAGGGUCCAGUGGCAGCCCCCGGGCCUUUAUCGGAGCAGCUGCAGGAUCCAGGUUACCUAUUUCCCGUUCGACUGGCAGAACUGCACGAUGGUCUUCCGCUCAUACACGUACGACGCCUCCCAAGUCACCCUCCUGCACCCCAUAAAUGAAAAAGGGGAGGAGGUGAAGGAGAUCCUGAUAUAUGAAAACACGUUUAUCGACAACGGACAGUGGGAGUUCCAGCACAAACCGUCCCAAAAGAACACUCGUCCGGGAGAUUCGCUGUACGAGGAUAUCACUUUCUACCUCAUCAUCCGCCGUAAACCGCUCUUCUACCUCAUCAAUGUCAUCAUACCUUGUAUCUUGAUCACAAUCCUGGCCAUCUUCGUGUUUUACCUCCCGCCGGAUGCCGGCGAGAAGAUGACACUCUCCAUAUUCGCGCUCCUCACCCUCACCGUCUUCUUGCUACUGUUGGCCAAAAAGGUCCCGGAGACCUCCCUGGCGGUGCCCAUCAUCAUCAAGUACCUGAUGUUCACUAUGAUCCUGGUGACGUUCUCUGUCAUCCUCAGCGUGGUCGUCCUCAACAUUCAUCAUCGCUCGCCCAGCUCCUACAAGAUGCCCUUCUGGGUGAGGCAGGUUUUUCUUCACAGGUUGCCCCGGUACCUGUGCCUGCAGCGGCCGAAGCCCGAGCCCCCCCUCGAGGGCCCCCCUCCGCUCCACAAGGAGACCUCCGUCAAGAGCAACCGCUACGCCAAUGAGUAUUUUAUCCGGACCCCCAUCUAUGACUUCUCCAAGCCCAGCAGGUUCCAGCUGGAGGCCUUCUCCGUGGACAUGAGGAGGUUCAUAGAGGGGCCCAGCCACUGCCUGACCCUCCCGCCCGACCUCAAGUCCGCCGUGGACACUGUCCUGUACAUGGCCCAGCAGCUCCAGGAGCAGGAAGACUACGAUGCGCUGAAGGAAGACUGGGAAUUUGUAGCCUUCGUGGUGGACCGCCUCUUCUUCUGGACCUUCAUCAUCUUCACCACCAUCGGCACCCUCACCAUCUUCCUGGACGCCAGUCUCCACCUGCCUCCCGAGAAGCCCUUCCCCUGA